AUGUCACAAAAUACACGACUUUCAUACUCGGCCGCUGCAGGGUCCGCAGACAUUCCGAAGCCCCGACAAAACCCCAUCAAAGAGGCACAUGCAGACCAGUCUUCGAGCCACCAACAACAUGCUCCUCGCGAGCAACAACGGUACCAACACGGCAGAUCAGGACACAAGCGCACUCCUUCACCUUCACAUGUUCCCAAGACUUCAUCGGCUGAAGAUUCGGUCUAUGUCUUGACCCUUCUCACGGACGCAAAACACCAUCGUACCUUGACAGAGACACGAAAGAAGUACUUCCCCCCUCGGUUGAACAGACUUGAAGCCCACAUUACUCUGUUCCACGCACUACCUGGAAGCUUGCUCGAGGAAUCCAUCAAGCCAACCCUGAGAGAGAUUUCGAGCAAAACCAAUCAAUUCCAUCUCCUUGCAGCAACACCGUUUAGGCUCAACAAGGGUAUUGCUAUCGGCCUGCCUAAGUCGUCGGGCGGUGAUGAUGCGAGACAGGUUCAUCAACAGCUGAAAGCGGCAUGGGGAGACUUUCUCAGUCGCCAAGAUGCGGGUGGCUUCGCAGCUCACUACACCAUCAUGAACAAGGUCGACGAUGAGAAGGAAGUGCAAAAGGCAUUCGAGCAGGUUCAAGAUGAAUGGAAAGGUUGCCACGGUACAGUCCUAGGCUUGUCGCUUUUCAAGUACGACCGUGGAAACUGGGUGCAUAACGAGGACUUCAAGUUUGCAACAAGCCAAUGA